AUGACUUCGACAGUCCUUAUCACCGGAGCCAGUGGCCUUCUGGGCCGCCAGGUCUUCAACACCUUUCAGCACUCGGGAGUCUUGGUGGUCGGUCAGGGCUUCUCGCGUGCAGCCCCGCCAACUAUUCUCAAGGCAGAUUUGGAGAAAGCGGAGGAGAUUAAAGCCCUCUUGAACGAUGUCAAACCACAGAUUGUCAUUCACUGUGCGGCCAACCGAUCUCCAGAUCUGUGUGAGAAGAACCCCGAGCAAGCGCGGAAUGUUAAUGUAGAGGCCACUCGAGCCCUAGCCGAGGAAUGUCAAUCCCGCGGAGCCUUCCUCAUCUAUAUUUCGACCGACUACGUUUUUCCUGGCCUAGAGGGCCAGGCUCCCUACGAAACAGAUGCUGAGACUAAACCACCCAACGUGUACGGGGAAUUGAAACGAGACGGUGAAGUAGCAGUUCUGCAGGCCACCAAGGAUUCGGGUCUAGGCGUGGUCCUUCGCGUGCCGGUGCUGUACGGAUCGGCCAAGGACAACUCUGAGAGUGCAGUCAACACUCUGGUAGACGCGGUCAAGAAGGCCCAGGAUGAGAAUGCGGGUUUGAAGAUGGAUGACUGGGCUCAACGAUAUCCCACGAACACCGAGGACGUGGCGCGGGUGUGCCGCGACAUCGUCAUCAAGUACCUGCAGCAAAAGGACCGCCUGAAAGAGCUGCCGCACAUUCUGCAGUUCAGCUCCGAGGACCGGAUGACCAAGUAUGAGAUCUGCGAGAAGCUGGCUGAGGUAAUGGGCUGGUCUCUCCCGGGCAUGAUCCCCAACAAGCAGGGCAAUGACCCCAAUGGAGGCGUCCAGCGACCCUACGACACCCACUUGUCCACCAAGGCUCUGAUUGACUUGGGCAUUGAUGUGCGGACUAUGGACUUUGUGGCUUGGUGGUAA